AUGCAACCCGCGUCCCGGCGUCCCGGCGCUCUGCAGAGAUGCGCGACGCGACAGGCGUUCGGCCGAGAGACUUGCGUAAUUCUUGUGGUUCAGCCCUCCUCUGACCGACUUUUAGCCGACUCCUCCCGACUUACUGCUGGCCACCCACUGGGUCACCUGGAGGUUGCAGCGGGCCACAUUGACGUGGGCGGGGGCGUUUCACGGACAUCCUAUGACGGCACUUCGGUGCCGAUUUCGAUAUCGGCACAUCCUACAGUUGUGGUCCAGCUGCUCCCAUGGACCCGCAGGAAUGCUUCGAUGUCAGUAUCAUCCGGUGAGCCGAGACGGCGCGCGCAGACUCCCGACUUAAACGUACAACUGGAGACGGCUCAGGCCAAGGGCCACUUGAUCAAGACGCCAUGCCAGAAUCAACAUCGCUGCGGUACGAAUCACCGGCUGAUACCUCGUGAGGUUCAAAACGUGUCUCGCUUUCGCCACUCAACCCGUGAGUGA